UAUUCCGUCCACAACCAUUUGAAUCCUACUACAGAAUUUAGUUGGCGGUAUUUAUGAAGAUGGGGUUACUCAGGGGUUUAUAUUUCCCUGUUUGGUGUCAUACCGGCUCAGUUCAACACCUUCAAAAAACUUCGGCAUCUUCCGUAGGCGUAUUCAAUUCAGGCGACUAUAUGCGUGAAGGGUCAGAAAUUCAAGAACAGGAUGUGUUGUACAAAAAGCUAGUUAUUACCGUUAAGGGUCAUGAGCCAAUGGUGCUAAAAAGUUACGAGACUUUUGUCAAACAAGUUUGUGAUAAUCUCUCUAUAGCUCUUAUAAGUGAGACUCGUAACCGACCGACGUUUUUUCGCUUGUCCAUGAACAAAUCACCGUUUAUUUACAAGAAACAGCAACGCCAGUAUGAGUUUCGCACACACUACAAAUACUUCACAGUUGAUCACAUAACAGGAUGUACUGCUGACGUAUUUCUGGAAUAUAUCCAAAGAAAUCUACCCGAGGGUGUAGCUAUGGAAGUUGUAAAGGUAAGACAAACUCUAUCGAAUGUCUACACUACUCACCGUCUCAAGCAGUUCAGCACAGCGCCUACUGCUGAGAUUUAUAAUAUAGUACUGCGUUACAUUUAAAAAACGUUUUCAUAUGAAACAUUUUUGAGCAUUAAUUUUAUGUCAAAAUGAAUUGUGAAUGAAUCUUACCUUUGGUACUAUUCUAAUAGUAAUGUCUACCAUUAGGGUAGUUUUUAGAUAUUUUGUUUCUAAAAAACUAACCAAAAAUCAGCAGCAUCUUUGUUGGAAGAGAUCAUGUUUUUAUGCAGACAGUGCCAUACCAAAUUUGGAAGGAAUGUUGUCGAGCAACAGUUAUUAAAUCAUCGUUUGGAACGCCUUCCCGAGCAUUUAUAAGUCGCUGGAAUCCUCAAAUGUAUUUGAAUUAUAGAAUAUAUGUAAAUACGUUGCACAGUUGUGUUGACUUCUGUCAGUGUGGUAACUUUUGCCAGAAAUAAAAUGUGACCUUAUAUAUUCACAUACUCCAUAACAAGUUACCAAGCUCUAAUAACGUUAACAUUUGACUCAGACUUAAUUCAUGACAAUUAAAUUCACAUUUAAGACUAUUGGAUGUUGUAAGUAGUAUAAUUCUGACUUUCUCAACACCUCCCGCUAGCAUCUAGUAGUUUAUAAAUCGGACUGGGUCCCAAACACAAGCAAUGUUUUUGGAAGUCGAAAUAUGCCGUAAGUUGUUGUUGAGCACUCAUUUAUUAUAGUAUAAAUGGGGUACUCCGUUGGUUCAACUCACAACCAGUUAUAACUGGUUUCCUUGAGCUAAUCGCAGUAUUAUGUUUAUAAGAAACUUGUUGAGUAUCUGAAAUGUUUAGAACGUUUUCCUAAAGACUUGUCUUUUGGCACUGUACUAGUAUAUAGGUAGUGUAUAAAGGCAUAUUGCACUAUGCGAUUGCUCAAAUCAAAUAAAUAUGUAAUUAGCAGCGGACCAAACACAACUUCGAGGAGUAAAAUGAACUAGUUAAGUCAAUCUAGGUUAAGGUGUUCAUUACUUCAGGCUCUCUUGUAGUCUAUUUUGGUUAAUCAAAUUAUCCUUUAAAUCCUAGCAAAGACUACGAAGUGUGACAACAAACGAAACACUUCCCUUAAUCGCGAAGUUUGUUCAGAAUAUUGGACGAAAACACUUUGAGGUUGAACAUCGAAUUUCCAACCGUACCAUUGCUUGUUCUAAUAUCCUAAAGUUCGUUUAAUUUAUUAGAUUCUGUUAGUGUUUUGAAGAUACCAAGGGAUCUUUAGUUGAAAUUACUUAACGAAUCUAAGUUACAUAAUAAAAAACAAGAUCUGAACAUGAAUGCAGAAAAGGUGAACUAACGAUCCAUUACUGAACAGAAUAAUCUCGAAAUGUCUUCAAGUUUAUUGACUUGAAAGGAGAGCCUAUGUCCGAUUCAAAGAACAUAUUCCGAACAGUUUGAGAUCAAACGGACUAAAAGCAUUUAGCAGCGCUGUCACAAGACAUUUUCUUGACACAGGACACGAAGUCGAUAUACUGAAGUCCUUCAAGGUGAUCAACAAACAAUCAAAUUCAAACCUUUUGAAAUUCGCCGAAGCAAUAGCAAUCAAACGUUUAAAACCAGAUCUUUGUAUACAAAAAGAAACAGUAAUAAAUCCUUCUUUGCCCUGGUAACAUUCACCCCACCGCCUUUUAUUUUUAUUACGUCAUUCCAACUCUCUGAAUUUUAUAAUUACAUCACUCAUAACUGACCAAUUUCAAUUCAUAUCUCUCUUUAUUAACAUUAAUCUAUUUUCAGUUACUUCAUUACAUAAUCGUCUAAUGUGUUUUGAUUCCAUGAUUUCUAAUCAUUAUUUCAAUGUUCUGGAACCUUCCCUCCCAAACUCUAUAUAUUCGAAACAAAAAUUUUAUGACCUCAAUCACUCUAACGAAAUCUUUACCACAUUAUGUUACAUAUAUUCAUCCUUCAUUACCCUCUGUUGUAUAAGUAUGUCAUUAUCUAUAAUAAUGUUGAUUUUCAAAUAAUUUAGGUUGUAAGCAGCUGAUGAGAAGCUAACGAAAUAAAAUGAAUUCAUGUAUUAUUCUGCAC